GAGAGAGAACUCUGUUACUCGCUCCGUCUCCAACUUUCAGAGGAAGUUACCACCUCUUCCCCAGACCCUGUACACAUACUCAGGCAAACACACGCUCUCUUCAGGACUUGACCACAGCAGCAACAGAGCAACAGUCAAGGCUGCUUUUAAUGCCGUGCUCUUUUUUUCUUUUUUCUAAUUCAAAAUUUGGAGGGAAGGAAGAUUAAGAUUUGCAGUUUGCUUUCUGUGAGGACUGAACAGCUUCUCUCAAGAGUGACGGUUUAGAGAGAUGCUUAGUUUUGGGAAAACCUUCCUGUGCUACAAAGUCUGAUAUCUGGUCUUCAUCACAGCGACUCUGGGUGGCCAAAUCAACUAUUUAGCCUGAAGACCAAAGAUCACAAGCCGUGAUCCAACAGCAGAGAGAAAAGAGGAGCGUGAUAAUUUUGCAUCUGUUCUCCAACUUCUCAGAACAAUAUGAGCUGGAACUGAAGCUCCAUAGUUUCAUGUUUGUGGUGUAAAAGAAGAAAACCGAGUCACCAUGGAUGUGAAGAAAAAGGAAAUGGACCUCCUAAGUAACAGCAUAGCUGCCUAUGCACACAUCAAAGCAAAUCCAGAGAGUUUUGGCCUUUACUUUGUGCUUGGAGUGUGUUUUGGCUUGAUACUCACACUCUGCCUACUGGUGAUUCGGAUCUCCUGCAAGCCACGCACUACCAUUACCCCCUCCACUCCUGAGAAAAAAAACUUAAAGGACAUCAACGAGGAGGAUGAGGACAGUGAUGACGAUGAUGAAGAUGAAGAAGUGGACGAUGUAGAGGCGACUGUUCCGUUGCCCACCACAGAAAUCUCUGUUGGCAAUCACACCAGCCAGUCGGAUGGGACACUGAGCGUGAAUGUGUUUACUUCAGCUGAAGAGCUGGAGCGUGCACAGCGACUGGAGGAGAGGGAACGCAUCAUCCGAGAGAUCUGGAGGAACGGCCAGCCAGAUAUCCUGGGGACAGGAACGGGAACUAUUGGAAGAGUGCAUUACUACUAAGAAACAUGAGGCUAAGGAAAGUGAGCCCUGAGGAGAUGAAACAUUGACUUUUGGGUGGGCCCGGUGUCCCUCAAACCCAAAAGCCUGCGUUAGAUACAAAGUGACUGGAAAUUAGUCAUAUUUGACAUACUUAGCUCUGACAGAGCAGACUGAGAUAUUGCACUUCUUAUGUAGCAUUGAUAAAUCUGACUGAUUAACCAAACCAAUGGAGGUCUCAAAGACUGAAUAAUUCAUAUGGAAGAGGUGUGGAGUGAAUGUGGGGAAUGAUGGGACACUUGAAAUAAUCAGUCUAUUAAACUUGGUGCUUAAUUACAGAAAUGAAAAGUAGAUUUGUGUAUGUAAUAAAUGAAAAAUGAAAGUGUCAAUAAGUAAAAAAAGAACUGUUUGUUUAAACAAAGACUAUUUCCACUAACAAUUCUCACAUUAUAGGAUAAUGAAUUUGCAGGAUAAAUCAAAGCACUUCAUGAGCAUAUAUACGUGUAUUCAACAACAUCAGAUACUGAAGUCCAAAGGUAUACUGAUCAGCUUCAAAAUGAAACUCUAUCUAAUUGUUGAUGUUCUUCCUGCACUGCUAAAACAGCUCUGAAAUGUGGAAGAAUAAAUACCACGUUUGUAAGGCUUGCUGGGAUGGGAGGAACAGGUACUGAAUUUUAAAAUAAAAUCCAGACCUCAAAGUUUUUCAGGAAGAACAUUAGUAUUAUAACAUGAUAUCCAGUGCUAUUGAUAUAUUAAUGCUGUGGCUGAUCAGUGUGUACAAAUCUAAUAUCAUGUAAAAAAAAAAACAUAAAAUAAAAUAAGCAAACAUGUCAAAAUGUCAGACAAACACAACAAGAAUCACUGCACCUUUGGGCCAUAAAUAUAUUUUCAAUAAUAAUAAUAAUAAUAAUAAUAAAGAUGGAGAAAGAGAAAAAUAACCCCUAAUUUGUUUCAUUAAUGAAAAGAUCACCUUUGCCACUUUUAUUUCUCAAUAUCUCCUAUGUGACUUAAAAAGUUAAACAAAUACAGUGUGAAAAUAAAAGAAUUUCAUCACAAACGAUCUUGUGAUGUUUGCUGCUUUUUACAGCCUGUUUUAAUCUGAUCUGUAAAGGGAGUGACUCAGAAAGAAAGAAAGAAAAGUAUAACUUAUAACCAGUGUUGGGUAAGUUACUUUAAAAAAGUAAUUAAUUACUAUUACUAAUUACUUAGUCAAUAUUGUAUUUAAAAUACUUAUCUAAUUACUGUGUCAGAAAAGUAACUUAAUUACUACAUAAGUAUUUAACUAAAUACUUCUUAAAAUCCAUAUAAACCUUGAGUGGACAAACAAUAGAAAUUAAACUCUUUAAAUAAUAAAUAAAUUUUUUUAAAGACGGACACGCUACAGUAUGCAGCGGUAGCAUCUGUUCCACAAUGUAGCCUGGCAGGGCUGGACUGGGACAAAAAAAAUCGGCCCGGGCAUUUUGACUAGAGACCGGCCCACCAGGUAUUAUAGGAAAAGCCAUAAAGCCUUUGAAUGAAAACAAACGCUGUUGUCACAGUGAUGUACACUGUCUUGUUGGUAUAAAUGUAUCAAUCUAAUAAACUUAAACCUACACCAUCCUCCCUAUUCUGGUAUUGGUCGAGUUAACCUCCUGAACUAUCUACAACACAUAGUGAAAACCUGAAAGUAAGACAGAGAAGACUAGAGGUGAGACAUGAUCAUUACUGAUUACUGAUGACAGAUUUAGAUAUAUUUUCAUAAAUCAUUCAUUUGCCACAUCAAUAAACAGCAUGGCAGGGCAAAAUAUUUUUUCUAACA